AGUCGUGUUUGGAUCUGGCACCAAAUUUAUUGUAUCUCACACAGUUCGUUUGAGCGUCAUUUCAGUUUUUUUGUAUUUAUUUUUGUGUUCGUCUCAAACCCCCCACAUACCUCAUACGUUUGUAAUUUUGUCAAAAUUUUUGGACUUGAAUUGUAGGAAUAUUUUCGUUAGCUCAAUCAAUUACACCAAUUCAAAUUGCAACGUUUGUGAAGUCAACCAACGUCAAGUUGGCAAAAGAAAAUAACACCAAAGACGCACGAACGCACAGCAGAGUCCAGUCGUGAAUCGGUUACGUAUAUUUAGAUAGAAAUCAUGUCAAAAUUCAGCGUGGGCGGACGCCAGUUGAGUACCCGCUCCUCGGACGUCGAUGCCUUGGCCCAGCGCGGCUACAACGUGGGCCACAAGAUCGGCGAGGGCUCCUAUGCCACUGUGAUCACCGCCGGCUAUUCGGACGAGGCCGGUCAUGGCGUCCAUUUGGCCUGCAAGAUCAUCGACAAGGCUCGGGCGCCCGCUGACUUUGUGAACAAGUUCUUUCCGCGCGAGCUGGACAUCCUGACGAAGAUCGACCAUCCGAACAUCAUCCAGAUCCACAGCAUACUGCAGCGCGGCCCCAAGAUCUUCAUCUUCAUGCGGUUCGCCGAGAACGGUGACCUGCUGUCGCACAUCAAGAAGAUGGGUCCCAUCGAUGAGAAGCAGUCGCGGAUCUGGUUCCUGCAGAUGGCCAAGGCCCUGCGGUAUCUGCACAACAUCGACAUUGCCCAUCGCGAUCUCAAGUGCGAGAACAUUCUGCUGUCGAAGCGCCUCAAUAUCAAGCUGGCCGACUUUGGCUUCGCUCGCUACUGCCGCGACGAUGGCGGCCUCGAGAUGAAGUCGGACACGUACUGCGGUUCGGCGGCCUAUGCCGCACCCGAGGUGGUGGCCGGACAGCCCUACGAUCCGAAGGUGGCCGAUGCCUGGUCAUUGGGCGUCAUUCUGUUCAUCAUGAUGAACGCCAAGAUGCCCUUCGAUGACAGCAACCUGACCAAGCUGCUGGAGGAUCAGCGCAAUCGCAAGUUCGCCUUCCGUCGCAAGCUGCAGGAGAGCAUCACGGCACCCGCCAAGGCCACCGUCUCUGUUCUGCUGGAGCCGGAGUCGACUGCUCGCUGGAAUCUGCGCGAGAUCCUCAAGUGCUCCUGGCUGCGCAAUGUUGACGAUAAGCCCGAGUCAUCAAACACCUAGAGAGAGGCGACACACCUCCCUCCCUCUUCCCUCUCCACCGUAAACCUGCAGAGCGUGCCGUGUUGAUUUCACAGAUAGUGUGUAUAAGCUAAAGUUAAUACGGAAAUUCUUUGGUCAUUUUUCCGAUUAUCGCCCCCCACUUAACCACCCCCACAUAUAUCCUUCCCUCCGAAAUGUAAUAAUGUCUGUUAAUGCAACGAACUAAUAAUAGUCCAGUAAAUCAAUUCACUAUCUCUCUUCGCUGGCUGCCU